GGAGACAUGCAUACGCAUUCAUGAGCCCAGCUCACUUUAUUAGAUGUUGUGAAAGGACAUGCACAGAACAGUAUUAAAAAAUACAAGUAGUUCCUCUCGUCAAAAACAACUAGCCCGAGAACUGGACAAGGUGUCUCAUAUCUGUAAAUAACACCCCCGUGCCCCAACGCGCGCGAGCGCGCCCACACACACACACACACGCGCGCCCCGCGGGAAACAUGACAAAGGUAUCAAGCCCGAGAGCCCGCCUCUUUCAGGAACCUUGAACGACGCGUGACUAGGUCAUCACAGGAAGAAAGGCCAUGGAAAAAAAAAUACAAUGGAGCCAAACCCCACCCCAUUUAUGCAGGCAGUUCUCAAUCAGGUCGGACCUUGGCCUAUAUAUACGCAACCGGGAGUUCAGUUACUUACUUAGUAGUUCCGUUUGCUCAUUAUGUCGGGUCGCGGCAAAGGCGGCAAGGGGCUGGGGAAAGGCGGCGCCAAGCGCCACAGGAAGGUGCUGCGGGACAACAUCCAGGGCAUCACUAAGCCGGCCAUACGCCGCCUGGCUCGGCGCGGCGGCGUGAAGCGCAUCUCCGGCCUCAUCUACGAGGAGACCCGCGGGGUGCUCAAGGUCUUCCUAGAGAACGUGAUCCGCGACGCCGUCACCUACACGGAGCACGCCAAGCGCAAGACCGUCACCGCCAUGGACGUGGUCUACGCGCUCAAGCGCCAGGGCCGCACCCUCUACGGCUUCGGCGGCUGAGCUGCUUUUUCCCAUAGCACCGCCCUUUAGUAACCCAAAGGCUCUUUUAAGAGCCAUCCACCUUGCCGUGAAAAGAGCUGUUACUCUGCAAGUGCAGUUUUGCCGGUCCUGACCAGCUGGUUACGCUUUCCUCUUUCAGGGAGUCGGUGGUUAUUCUGCGGCAGCAAGCAGUAGAUGGUUGUACUUGCCAGGAUGCGGCUCGCCCUCCCCUGGCUGUAGGUUGUCUGGGCGCCUCCUUAUUGUCUGACACGGAAACAAAAGAGCCGCUUCCUCUUCCAGAGAAACUAGUUCCUGAUCGGGGUCGGGCACCGCUGCGUUACCUGAAGAAGUCGAGCCAAAGCGGGGGAAAACUUUCUCGGAGCUCCGAGCCGCCCGGCGCCUCCUGUCCUUCCUCCCGUGCCAAGGGACAAGCGCGGGGACGAGACCGGGGGAGGAGAAAGGGCCGGGACUGGCUGGAGACGCGGAUCGGGUUUCAUCUUCUCGUGGGGACGGGAGGAAAUGCAAGCGGGCCGGGGAGAAAGCUAGCCCAAGGCUGGAGGGGCAGGAGGGGGGCUGCCCGCCUGAAAUGGGGAAGGAAAAGGUGCCUAAAUCCGGUGGCUGCCUCUGAGAAGCCCGCGCCUUGCGGGGACCUGUGCGUGGCUAGGGCGGGCGAGCAGGGGCUGGAACUUGGUUCCUCCCUCAGUCCCUUCGCCCCUUGGAAAGUGCAAAUCUUUCUCUCUCACACACAC